GCGCCCUCUACUCAAUAUAUAUGCAUUAAAAUUUACGCCGGAAAGUAGGCAGCUUAUUCUACACAUUGGCCACCAGCUGUUCUAUAUAAAUACUCAACAAUUAGUUAAAUUUUCAUUAAAUACGCAGGUAAAUGAUAAGAUAAUGUAAAUAGAAGUAUAAUAUAUUAACCUCUAUUACCAUACUACUCCCAUAUUUUCCAAGAUGAUUGUGCUUGUAACGGGAGGCAGUGGGCUUGUUGGCAGUGCCAUACGAGAAUUAAUUGAAAGCAAUCCAGUAGAAGGUGAAAAAUGGGUGUUUUUAAGCAGUAAAGAUGCAAAUUUGUGUAAUUAUGAAGAAACUCUGCAAUUGUUUCAAAAACACAAGCCUACACAUGUGAUACAUCUUGCUGCAAUGGUUGGUGGCUUGUUUCAGAAUAUGUCACAUAAUUUGGACUUUUUUAAAAGCAAUCUAGACAUGAAUAACAACAUCCUCCAAGCGAGUUUCGAGUGUAAAGUAUCCAAAGUAGUAUCAUGCCUAUCCACCUGUGUCUUCCCCGACAAAGUAACAUAUCCCAUCACUGAGGAAAUGGUGCAUUUAGGUCCUCCACAUCCGAGUAACUUUGGUUACAGCUACGCGAAACGCAUGAUAGACGUCGCAAAUCGCGCUUAUCACGAACAACACGGCUGUCAAUUCACCGCAGUGAUACCCUGCAACAUAUUCGGCCCGCAUGAUAACUUCAAUCCGCAAUCCUCACACGUUAUUCCUGGUUUAAUGCAUCGUAUGUACAACACCAUACAAAAUGGCGGCGAGAGUUUCACUGUGAUGGGAUCAGGAAAACCUCUGCGACAGUUUAUUUACAGCAAGGAUCUAGCAAGAUUGUUUGUUUGGGUGUUGAGAGAGUAUCAAGAGAUAGAUCCAAUAAUAUUAUCAGUUGAUGAAUCGGAUGAGAUAACAAUCAAGAACGCAGCUGAAACAAUCGCCAGCGCGUUUGGGUAUCAAGGAGAGUUGGUUUUUGAUACUUCCAAAGCAGAUGGACAGUUUAAGAAGACUGCUAGCAAUGGAAAACUGCGAAAGUAUUGUCCAGACUUCAAAUUCACACCUUUUCAACAAGCUGUGAAGGAAACAGUUGAUUGGUACAAGGAAAACUAUCAUACAGCACGCAAUUAGCUUUAGAAUUGAAAAUAUUAUCUUAAAAUUAAGUUUUGGUUUAAUUUUGAAAGAUUUUGAACGUUUUAAUUGCAAAAACAAGGAAGUUAUGAGUGUGUAAAGUUGUGAUUGAUGCAAUGAUUGAGUAAUUAUACUCAGGUUUUAUUAAAUUACUCAAAAACUACCUAAAACAUUGAAAAACUGCGUGAAAUAUUCUAUUUUGGAGGUUUUAGUGUUUUGAGGUUAAGAUAGGUGAUAUUCUUAGUAAAAACUGAAUUUAAACAAUUAUACAAUGAAAUUUAGUUGUUUUUAGAUAUACAUUUAGGUAAAGGAUUAAAUUUUGCACGUUUUGCUGGUUA